AUGUGUAAACCUGACACCGUGGCUCUGUUCCAACCCUUAGUGGGCUGCCUGCUGUCUGCAAAGACAGCUGCCUUCAAAGGCAGCAUCCAAACUGGGUUUGGUCCAUGGGGCAGAUGUAUGGGCAGCGAGUGCGGUCCAGGAGGCAGUCAGAGUCGGGCGGUGUGGUGUGCUCAUGUGGAAGGCUGGACAACCCUUCACACCAACUGUCUUCAGUCCACGAGGCCGGCCAACCAACAGAGCUGCUUUCGCGUCUGCGAUUGGCACAAGGACCUAUACGACUGGCGGCUAGGCGAGUGGAACCAGUGUGUUCCCGUAUCGCUGCAGACCAGCCGGACGGGCGUUUGCCUGCAGGGCGAAGAGGGCAUCCAGAUGCGGGAGGUGAACUGUGUGCUCAAGGCGGACAGCUCAGCUGCCGACGACGCCAUCUGUGAGUACUUUGAGCCCAAACCCCGGCAGGAACAGGCCUGUUUAAUUCCUUGCCCUCAAGACUGUGUGGUGACCGAGUUCACCCCAUGGACCACGUGCUCCAAGACAUGCGGGCUGGGCCUGCAGAACCGCGUCCGCUCCAUCGUGGCACCGCCGCUUUUCAGCGGGCUUCCUUGCCCCAAUCUGACGGAGUUCCAGACGUGUGCGCCGAGGGCCUGCGAGGGCAGAGAGACGGUGUUCAGUCUGAAAGUGGGCGGAUGGAGCGAGUGCAAGCUGCCGUCUUUUCCGCCACCUCCGACCUCCUCUGCCGCCCCCUUGCGCACCGCCCGCCAGGCCCGCCAGGCCCGCCAGCGUAAAGGCAAAGAGAGGAAAGGGAACCGGGACCCGGAGAUGCGCGAGCUUAUUAAGAGCAAAAGGAACCGCAACAAGCUGAAUCGACUAGAGGACGAGCUCUGGAAUGUGGAAAUAGGCUACCAGUCUCGGCAAGUGGUUUGUGUGCAUCGAAACGGAAGCACGGUGUCACUCAG